GUGAUGUGUCGUAUUAUCGUAUCAUAAUAAUCUGUGGUAGAUAUUGUCUCUUCCGACCUCGGUACUGAAACUAUUUAUUUACUGAUCUGUGACUGAAACUAAUGAAUAAUAGAUGAAUUUAUUUAUCUGUGGAAGAAUGAUUAAAGUGGUGGAUUGAUUUCCCACAACAGGAAAAAAUUAAGAAAAAAAAUUAUAGAAGUGUUAUUAUUUUUAUUGCCGAGUAAAUAAAGUAGAACGUGCCAGUAUACCAAAGUAGAAGAAGAAAACAAUUACUUUUAUUUUUUCCUUUUUGCAUUCUCGUUUCUUGUGGCGUGAGACUUUCAGUGCUGUUGCACAACAAAUAAACAUUGAAGAUGCGAUGUUGUGUGCCCUUCUGCAGAAACACUACGGACAAUGUGUCCCCAUCAGAGGGGAAGGCCGAGGUCACUUUUUAUGGGUUUCCCAGUGAAGCGCAGCUAUAUGCUGCUUGGAUCAGAGCCCUUGGCAAACAGGACACUCAACUGUCGGACUCUGCUGUGGUCUGCUCACAGCACUUUCUAGAUGAUGAAAUGUAUGAAACAGAAAGUGGCUUACGGCAAAUCUACAGCAAUGCCAUUCCAUCAACAGUGCAAGUCUGCAUAAUAUGCCUAGAUACUGAUAGAAAGCUUGUUCUAAUAAGUAAACACAAGUUGGAAGAGACAUAUGAAAUGUUAACGGGAUAUCCUUUGUUUGAUCUAGGAAACCUAAAGCAAACAGUUUGUGUACUAUGUGCUCAGAGAUUGGGAAACUCCAGAAGAUUUAGAGCUCAGAGCUUGAAAGCCCGUUCAUUAAUGAUGGACUUAGUUGAAAAACAUGAAUUAAUUACAAAAAAACAUAUAACAAGGGUAAAGCAUUCAACAAAACAACUAAAAUAUAAUUUUGUGCUAACUACAUUAGAACCUGACCACUGUGACUUACAUAUAGUUGAAUCUGAUGUUAGCAAACAGAAAACGUCACAGGAAACUUUUUACAGUGAUUAUGACAUAGACAUCGUGAAAAAUGCAGGGAAUUUUGACUCUGUGGCGAUUGAUGGACAUAAUCGAGAGUUACAUGAAGAUAAUAAUGCCAAUGAUGAGUUUACUGCAGGCAGUGAACAGUUAGUCACUGAUGAUAGCAUACAGAUUAACGCAAAACUACUGGAUGAGAAUGUUGAAUGUCCAAGCUAUGUGGGUGUAGAACAGGAGGCUGGAAUACAGUGUUUUAUAAAGUGCGAAAUUGACCAUGAGUAUGAUCAUAAUGAUGAUACUUCGACCAUGCAUCUGAUGAACAGUGAUGGUGGCAACGAAGGUGUUACACAAUUAUUUGGACCUCAAACCUUUGAAAGCUCCGGCUCUGCUGAGAACAAGCAUGCCAUGCAGAAAUUGAAUGAUGGACAUCGCAAUGAAGCCACUGUCGAACAAUCUGGAAAAAUCCAGGAAAGUAGCGGGUUACACAACCAACCACCUAGAAGUGAUACUAAAGCCAACAAAGAAAUUAAUGUAUCAACAAAUUGUGUAGUUAAGUUGUAUGAUGUAUUAGCAAGUUCAAAACAAGCCGUACCAAGACAGGAAGGUCUCCCGGAAAAACAAAAUAUUGAUAUGUCUUCUCAACAUAUCAGUAAUCAGCCGGCUACUAAGGAUGAAGUCUCCGCAACAAGAACAAAACCUAAUAUAUCAAAAGGUUUACGAAGUAAAACUGAGUGUACUAAUAAUGACAUCAUGAUAAAAUUAAAUAGUUCACCAAAUAAUCCAUUAAAUAAUGAUAAAAAACUAUUCACUUGUGACUUUUGCUAUAAUAAGUUUAAACGAAAAAGUAAUUUAGUGCAACAUAUUAAGACUCAUACUGUGGUCACUGAAGUGGAAACGUUCUCUUGCAAGGAUUGCCAAUACAAAACCAAACGCAAAAAUAAUUUCACAGCACACUUGAGAACGCACACUGGUGGAAAGCCACAUUCUUGUAAGUUAUGCAAAUUUAGAAGUGCUGGCAGUUUUGAAUUAGCAAGUCAUAUGAGAACGCACACUGGCGAAAAGCCGUAUUCUUGUGAGUUAUGCGAAUAUAAAUGUAUUAGUAAACGUUACUUAGUGUGUCAUAUGAGAACGCACAGUGGUGAAAAGCCGUUUUCUUGUGAGUUAUGCGUAUAUAAAUGUGUUAGUAAGCGUUACUUAUUGGCACACAUGAAAACGCACAGUGCUGAAAAGCCGUAUUCUUGUAAGUUAUGCGAAUAUAAAUGUAUUAGUAAACGCUACUUAGUGGAUCACAUGAGAACGCACAGUUCUGAAAAUCCGUUUUCGUGUAAGUUAUGCAAAUUUAAAAGUAAUACCAAUAGUAGCCUUGUGAAUCACACGAAAAUACACAGUGGCGAAAAGCCACAUUCUUGUAAUUUAUGUAAAUUUAGAAGCACGACAAAUAUUGCCCUUGUGAGACACAUGAGAACGCACACUGGAGAAAAGCCAUUUUCUUGUAAGAUAUGCGAAUUUAGAAGUGCUAGCAGUAGUUACAUUGUGAGACACAUGAGAAUACAUAAUGGUGAAAAGCCAUAUUCUUGUAGGCUAUGCAAAUAUAGAAGUGUUAGCAGUUAUGACGUGGUUAGACACAUGAGAGCGCACACUGGUGAAAAACCGUAUUCUUGUGAGUUAUGCGCAUAUAAAUGUAUCACAAAACGUUACUUAGAGGCUCACAUGAGAGAACACAGUGCUGAGAAGCUGUAUUCUUGUAAAUUAUGCAAAUUUAGCAGUACUAACAAUAAUGACUUUAUGAGACAUAGAAGAACGCACAUUUAUGAAAAGCCGUAUUCUUGCAAGUUAUGCGAUUAUAGAAGUUCCAGUAAAAGUAUCUUAAUGGUUCACAUGAAAACGCACAAUAGUGAAACGCUACAUAAUUGUACGUUAUGCAAAUUCAAAAGUGCUAGCAAUAAUGACUUGGUGAGACACGUGAGAACGCACACUGGUGAAAGGCCCUAUUCUUGUGAAUUAUGCGAAUAUAAAAGUGCUCAUAAAAGUUGCCUAGUGGUUCACAUGAGAUCGCACACUGGUGAAAAGCCAUUUUCUUGUACGCUAUGCGAUCAUAGAUGUGCUGACAAAAGUAAUUUAGCGAAGCACGUGAAAAUUCACAGUAAACAAUGGUCGUAAAGUUUUUACUCCCUUUGCGUGGCCUAGAUAGACGACAAGGUAUUCGGUAAAUAACUUUUUAUCUCGUGCGUGCAAUGCUUUCAACAGCAAAUAUUGAGAGAAGUACAUUUUUUAUGUCAAAAUUGGCA